AUGACCUUGAUCAAAUUUGCGGAAUUGCCAGAGUGUCCUCGGCGAGAAGAUGGCCGUCCACUUCCACUGUCAAGCCUGUCAGAGUAUUUGAAAGGCUGGAAAGAAAAACUUCAGAAAGGGAAGCCAAGUGGUAUGUGUAGCUUUCCCAUAUAAAUUGGUUUUUUUAGCCUUCAAGUCCGGUCAGAGAGCAUGUUCAGUAUCAUACUCUACGGUAAUAACCGAUCUGAUACUGAUAGAUAUGACUAACAAUGAGUAAUUAAUCAGGAGCUAAGAGAUAAAUGAAGAAAGAGCGGGUUGCCUUAUUUCCCAUUCUCGAGUUCCUACUAGCAAAGUGGGUUGAUGUGGCCGAAUUUGUGAAUGUUCCCAUUACCAACGAUGUUCUCCAAGCCCAAGCUGCAGUUAUCCAAACUAAGCUUAUGGAAAUAGGCUAUGAGGAAGACUAUACGGGCUUUGCUUUAUCUCCUGGAUGGUUACAGAAAUUCAAAGCACGAUUGAUGAUAGGAAGGUUGAGGAGAUAUGGAGAAGCUGGAAGUACUGAUGUAAAAAUUAUUCAAAAUGCACAGGAGGAAAUCCAGGCAGAACUCUCAACUUAUAGGCUACAAGAUAUUUGGAACUGUGAUGAAAGUAGAUUACAGUAUAAUAAGCAGCCUGCUUAUUCAAAUAUUAGGAAGGUACUGGGAAAGGUUCUAGCAGGAGUCAAGUUGGAUAAACUGCAGAUCACGACAUUCCACUCAGUAAAUGUAGACGGAAGUGAGAAGGAAAGAUUAACAAUUAUUGCUAGAGCCCGAAACCCACACGUAUUUUGUUGCCAUAAAAUCAAUCCCCAUAACCUUCCUGUCACCUAUCGAUAUAACAAGAAAGCUUGA